CUCCUCUGUUGUUCCUAGAGAGAGGAGGUGUGGGGAACUCUUUGCUGCAGGUUCGAUCUGUAUCUGAAACCUUCUGAUCCUGAAUUGAGGGCCGUGGUAUCCUGAAAGCCUUCCCUAAAGUGAAGAGACCACGGCUUAAUGAUGGGAAGGAUGUGCCUCCCCUCAAGAGGACGACUGCUGAAUCAACAACAGUUCCACAAUUGCUGCUGCUGAGGAGUCAAAUGAGACUAUAGUUGCCCCAGUUUCAGAGGAAGCGGCACAAUAUAUUUUGGUUCCAACUCAAGAAGAUCUCACAGAGAUGGGAUUUUGGACAUUGGAGGACAUUCACACUAAGGCCGUUUUGAAUGACACUCUAAGGAUCGGACUAAAGCACUAUGAUGAUCUGCUUGAGUGGAUGUCAAGAAGUGAAGCAACUGCUAUUGAGAAAACAGUUUGUACAGACCUUAACUUAGAUUGGCCAUAUGUCUGUGACUAUAACCAUGUAGUUGAUGGUUAUUUUCAAUGAUUUAAGAUUAAGAAAAUAUCCAUAACCAAACAGUUAACUGAUGGUCUGAACAAAGACAAUCCCUACACACAUGUGCUGAUCCAAAAAUCUUCGGGUUUUGAAGAGUAAAAAUGUAUCCAUUUGAUAUCACAGCAGUAAAUAAUAAAACUGAACUUCUAGACCGCACUCCAAAAAUUAAAACAAGCUUGCCUUGGCAGUAAAAAUGUUGUCAAUCUUUCUCAGUCAGCUGAUGGACAUAGCAGAGAUUGUUAGUGAGUCUGUCCUCCCAUAGGAAGAGUGGGAGCACUUGAAAGUUGGCAUGUCAUAAGUCAGAAGAAACCAAGCUCCCUUAUGGAGUCUUGGACUCAAGCCAGUUGCUUUCUUACUAUUACUUGGAAUGUCCCCCUGUUUUCCUCUCAACAGACCCGAUGGAUAAAAAAUGGCAGAUGAUGAAGAUGAGUGCAGCUUGUGCUCUGCUGGCUCAACAGAAUGAUAUGCAGAGCAACUUAUGUACCUUCAGCAGUUCAGUUCCAAAUUGCUGGAACACUGGGCACAAAGUUCCAGGGGGCGCAGAAAAUUUUUACCAUCAAGUCCUCAGCUUCAAAUGUUGGUGUUCUUCAAAUCAAAAGGCAUGUGGUUAUCGCUCUCAAUGGGGUGUGUGGUAAGUUGUGCGUGGAUCUUGGAGAGUAGCAUGAGCCUCCACAUGCGGAGUCUCCACGGUGUCAUGCACACUGAGCCACGUGAAAAGAUGCGCGGAUUGGCGUCUCAGAAGCCGAGGCAACUGAGACUAGUCCUCCGCCACCCGGAUUGAGGUAAAGGAGGCAGCUCAAAGCAUGGACGCAUAGCUGGUGGUUGUUGCGUGUGGCACAUACCACAGGGGGAAGAGCACAUGUGGAGAUGUGGAUGUUCUCAUCACCCACCCCAAUGGAGAAUCACACAGAGGUGUUUUCAGCAAAGUAUUGCACCUCCUCUAUCAGAGUGGCCCUUUCCCACUGCAGGAACUAAAUCCUGGCGUAGGAACUAUUUGAGGAACUACUUCGUUUUUUGUUGUUCACUCAUCAGGAACUAUAGUUCCUGUGUAGUUCCUCUUCACCUCUUAAUUAUGGUUUCUUAACAGACAGUCUUGUUAGCCAUGAAGAGAACGGUGAGCAGAAGUAGUACAUGGGUAUCUGUCUGCUUCCAGGCCCUUCACAGUGCCACAGACGCCUAGACAUUAAUGUAGUGCCCUUUGCUGAAUAUGCUUGUGCUCUUCUGUACUACACUGGCUCUGCCCACUUUAACCGAUCAAUGUGGGCAUUAGCUAAGACCAAACACAUGAGCCUAUCAGAGCACUCUCUGAACUGUGAUGUCGUCUGGCAGCGUGGCAUGAAGCUAGUGGUGGGUACUCCUUUACACACACACCUGCGGAGAAGGAUGUCUUCAAACACCUUGGCAUACCUUACGUAGACCCACAUGAAAGAGACCUGUGACAAGGCUGGAUCGUAGUGAUCUGACUGCAAAUUUUACAUGGGAAUUAUGAAUCAUGCUGAUAUUAUCGCAUUUUAAAUGUGGUAGUAAAGGGCAUGCUCAUUUGGAAUCUGUGCUGAAAAAUUGGGACACUCAAAUUUCCACACAUCCCCGCAACUUGCAUUUUUGUUUAUUAAAUAUUUUAGCUAAUAGAGCUGUUCAAGUUUUAGUCCAAAAACCCAGAAGAGAAUUUGCCAUGGGUUCACUUUAGAUUUUCCUAUGGGUUUUUAUAAUGGCAGUUUUGGAUUUGAGUAAAAUUAAGGUAUGUGGUAAACAUUGCUUUAAGAGACAUGAACAUUUUGUUCUACAACAUAAAUUACACAGUCGUCCCUUCAACGUGAAAUUUGAAGCCGCACUGAAGUAACUUGCUUUUUUUUUUUUUAAAACACGACGGCUUCAAAAUUCUUUGAAUUGAAUUUUGCAGCUGUCGUGUGUUUUUUAUUUUUUAUUUUAUUAGCUCUGUUUGAUCAUGUUUUUAGCAGCCAUUAAGACUGAAGAACUCACUUUCACUGUAGUCAACACAUUUUACUAUGUUUAAAUCGGUGCAAAACCUGCCUGAAAAGUCUGCAGAUCCCUUAUAGGCCUAGUAAAGGGUUAUUCACAGUAGUCAUGAAUUGUAUUUGUUUGAGUGUGUCAUAUCAAUUGCAAAAUUAUUUUAAAGGACUUUUUAAAAAGAAAAAUUCAAUACCACUUGAAAUAUGCCACUUAAGAUAUGCAGAAUUAUUAAAGCAACCCAAAGAAGUAUUGUUUUCUGAUUGUUUUUUUUUUUGUGUUUUUUUUUUUUUUUCAUAUCAUGUAGCUCAUAUUCAAAUUACUUCCUGUAAACUUUUAUAAAAGAUGACGGUAUUGGAUGAGUGAAUAUUAACUAUUUCAAAGAGACCAACCUAAUACCCGAAACAUAAAGUCUUGUCAGCUGUGAUUGGCUUUGUGAUCUGUGCGCUCGGUGUGUGGAGAUGGGCACAAUUUGUCCCAUCACGUUGCGCACAUGGUGCAAGGAUAUGACUGCGCCACACCCAGCUGUGCUUGAACUCUCGUUCGCAGGGACUGACUUGUGUAACAGUCGGGGGCGGCAGUGGCACGGAGCUCAUGCUUGCAGCUCCACUGAUGUGCGUACCCUCGUGCUCCAAUGAAGGCGGUGCACGAGCUAGCCUUUUACGGUAUCGAUGUGAUUCACGACCAGUAAAUAUAUUUACACCUGAACGUUUGCGCUGUAAAUAAAGUCAACACAGAGAAAACCUAAUGUUUAAGCGUGUUUAAAAUGGGCUUGUUUUUAUACAUCGUUGGAUCUGCCCCCCCCACCGAGGCAAGUGUCUACGAGCAGGUACUUCACUGUGAAGGUGUGAACAACAAAAGCUAUGUGUGUGAGACAGGGCACUGCUGUGGAGAGUCCCAGUGCUGUAGCAGCUACUAUGAACUCUGGUGGUUCUGGCUGGUGUGGGCCAUCAUCUUCCUCCUGAGCUGCUGCUGUGUUUGUCAUCACCGUCGCACCAAACACCGUCUACAGCAGCAACAACGACAACGUGAAAUUAACCUCAUUGCCUACAGAGAGGUUCACAACUACUCCUCUCUCCCCUUUUACUUAAGAUUCCUUCCUAACUAUCUCCUCCCAGAAUAUGAAGAGGUAGUGCAUCAGCCUGCCACUCCCCCUCCCCCUUACAGUGCCUUAAGCACCGGUCCUCCAGCCUGCACCAGCUCCUUAACUACUGACCAGCAGGAUAUGCACUGCCAACCCAGACAAACCACUCCAGUGCCCCCUGUAUCAGACACACUCUGUUCCAGACUCAGCCUAGAGGAGAUCCACUCCUCUAACUGUUACCACCAGAAAGACGACAGCAAAGGGCUGAGAGACUUAGAGCGAAGCAUGUCGGCAGAGAGCGCUUUGUCCAUAGAACAGCUCCCCAGUGUGGACAAACAAGGCGAGUGCAGGAAGGAGCAGCUCAGGAAUGUGGCAGUGCCUGACGAGAAGGAGAGGCACCGCAGAUUUACAGGGGACUCGGGGAUUGAGGUGUGCAUUUGUGGGCGAGACUUCGAAAGCCGCAAACCUAUAGAAUUUCAGGGGCUUCUGAGUGAAGAGGACCAGGAAGUCUCUGAGGAAUUCUGUGUGGAGUGUGGCCACCGUUCUUACGGAGUGAAAGAGCAUGGACUUCUGACUACAGAAAACAGGGUGGAGCAAGGAGCAUCGCUGUCACCCCAACCUCACCCUGUUUGUCUCUAUUUGCAUACUAUUAAUGAGCAGGAGGGUCCACACCAUAGCAACAUAGAAUCUCAAAGCUAAAUGUAUAACUUCACUGGUAAAAAAGACUGAGACAGAGAAAUAAAUAGAGAGAGGUGGACAGAGAAAUCAAGGCAGAGAGAGAGGGAUGUUUUACCCGCUGGAGUAUGCAAUGAAGGAGCUAGCACGGACGGAGUAAUCCUGAUACUUCAUAUUCAUGUUAAAGUAUGAGAUGGUCUUGGAGAAACCAAUCAGAUUCAUGCAGUCAAAAAAACAUCUAUCCACAAGGGUGGGCUCUAUCCCUACACAAGACGAUGCACCACAUGUGGUGCUGGAAGACAUGUCCACAAUGUGCUUCUGCUAAUUCACACUUCAAAAGAUGUGGACCAUGUUUUAAGAUUGAGAUUCUUAACACACAAACAGAUUAUAAAGUCUCAGGACAAAGUUCACAGAGUUCAAUGUGAAAAUCAGUGCCUUUAAAAACUGACUGUACAUUUGAGGGUUACCUGUCCCUCUUGACUUUGUUUCCUUGCUAUAGAGUAAUGGGACAAAUCUUUGUUGUGUUAUACAAGUCUUUGUUUUGCACAUUCACAUUCUUCUGAGUGAAUCAUCCUAAUUCAUUUCAGACAAAGAGUAUUUACAUGCCUACAGUCUUGAUUCACAUUUAAGUAAUCUGUUUUGUAUUUUCUUUUGUGUUUUGUUGCUGAAAGCUCUGGAUGAUUCAUAGUAUGUAUUUAGAACAAGACUAAUUUCACAUUACUUUCCUAGCUUAGAGUAUGCUCUACAGGUUAUGGCAUGGGAAAACACAAAAAAGAGCUAGAUUAAUCAAAGGCAGCAUUAAUAGUAAUGCUAUUUUGAGCAUUAUAAUUCUUGCUUGAAAGUGCGGAAUUUAUUUACAAUUAAUCACCAGUGACUGAUUGCAUACAAACACUACAUUUUCUGUAUUUCGUUGAACAUUUUGGGAUAAAAACUUACCAAAGGGAGGUGUCCUUAUUACACAAGCACUUGCUUGCUCUUCAUUGAUGUAAGCUGCAAAGUAAAAUAAACCAUUAUUGUUUUUUCACUGAAGCGUAUUUUAAUUAACUAAUGACGGAAACAUAUUGAUGUUUUAAAGUGUAGUUCUGUGAAAAAGUAUUUGCCUGAUUUCUUCUAUUUUUGUGUUUUUCAUACUAAAUUGUUUUAGAUCUUCAAACAAGGUAAACACAAAAUACAGUUUUCAAAUUAUAUAUAUAUAUAUAU